ACGAUGGUCGUCGCUGAGCGCUGCGCAGUUCUAAUCGCUUGCUGGAAUGCCUAGCUAGGAAUCAGUCACACUGCGGUUCUGUAUCGAGCCGCCAGAGACAUCCCAUCAAGAGGCUGGACGUGAAGUAUGGAGUCUUCAACCUUGGAUGAGAUUGCCGAAGAACCAAUGGAAAAUGACUCGGAGCAGCUGGAGCUAUCGCAGAAGGCGAAUGAAGGGAAGAGCCCUGAAGAGGACCAAACCGCUGAGCACAGAGCCACCAGCUCUGAUACCGCCGCUACUGAAGGGAGACAGGACGCUGGACCAACAAGAGAAUGCGGGGAGCCCCGACACCGCUCCGCGAUCAGGCUGUUUGUCCGACACGACGCCCGAGCCACGAAUGAAGAGUUCAGUAGCGCCCAGGACUUUCUUGACAAAGUCACACGUGACAAGGUGAAGCCAUUGGAGGCGCCGCUUAGAGCUUCCUCCGACAUCAUCCUUCCGCUGAUCGACAUGGGGUGCACUGGUGGGCCGAGUGCUCGGCGCAUGUCAGCUAACGAAGUCAUUGUAAAGAAACCUCAUGCACUUGCUGAAAAACUUGGAUGCCAGGCCAUCUGCGUGAAGACAGCUCUUGCUAUGGUUGCUUCGGGUAACGAAACUGAGUUCAGCAAGGUGUCUAUUCCGUGCUUACAAGGCAAUCUCUCCGAGCUGCAGGCCAGGUUCACGGCAAAGCUAUCGGUGGUUGACAUUCGAGCGGCCGGUGAUGAGAAGCUGGUGCGGAACGGAUGCGACGUGGAAGGUCACAGCCUGCUGUGCCUGGCGGUGCACGGCGGCUGUGCCAAGUGCUGUGACUAUCUGCUGUCGUGUGGCUGCGAUGUUGACUUUCCCGAUGCAGACGGGAAUACACCACUGCACUAUGCUUGUCUACUGGGUGAGCACAGCAUUAUCAAGGUGUUGCUGAAGGCCGGUGCGGACUACAGCAAGAAGAACUGCUUGGGAAGCACCCCAUUGCAUCUAUCUGUGGCAUCUGGCUCAGACAAAGCUGUCCAGACAUUCUUGAAGGAGGCAAAGGGCGAGAUGCUGGACGUCGAUGCUAUGACCUCGCAUGGCUACUCACCACUGGCACUGGCUGUAUAUGCUGAUCAUGCUAGCAUUGUCAGCACACUGCUCAAGGCCAAGGCCAGCACAGUGCAGGCCAGCACGGCCGUUCACGGUUACUCUGCUGUGCACUACUCCCUGCACACGAUGUCUAAGAAAGCCUUGAAGGGCAUGCUGGACAUCGCUGGCUGCGCCAAUGCGAAGACGGCGGCCGGCCUUACAGCCCUUCACCUGGCCUGUGCUACGGGUAACAUCAAUCAUGCCGAGCUGCUUUUGAAGAAAGGAGCUAAGGCAGACGCGAAGGAUAACCUCGGCUGUACGCCAUUUCACUGGGCUGCACUGUGCGGACAGAUGCCCAUUCUCGCGUUCCUACUUGACUGGAAGAAAGGUUCGCUGCGUCUUGGGGCAGCGUUGAAGGAUGCGAACGGUACAGGCAUUGUGUGCUAUGCGGCCUUGCAGGGACACCUUGCCGUGACCCGUUUCCUUCUCAGCCGGGGGUUCUCUGCUGAGGAAAGUGAUAACUGCGGUCGUCUUGCUACCCACUACGGUUCGGUGGGUCCAGCGGCAGAGAAAGUUCUCAAGGAGCUUCUGAAUACCAACCCUGAUCUUGUCAAAGCGGUGGAUAAUGAGGGUAACAAUGUACUUCACCAGGCUGCAAUGACAGGCUCUCUCAGCUUGGUACAAUGGCUAGUCACCAACUAUUCCCAACUAGAGGUGAACUCCCAGACCAAGGACCUGUGUUCUUGCCUGUGGCUGGCAGCUGCCAAUGGUCACAGCGAGUGCAUUGAGUGGCUUGCCGCGCAUGGCGCUGAUGUCCAUCUGGCCAAUAGGGGAAAGCUCACGCCACUGCAUGCUGCAUCGCAGAAUGGCCAUCCAGCUGCCGUGGAAGUAUUGCUAACGUGCGGUGCGGAGGCUAACCAAUCAGACGUCCAGGGUCGAUUACCAAUCCACCUUGCUGCGAGGAACGGACACUUGUCGGUACUAAGUAUGUUAAUCAGUAAGGUGGCAUCAGUGGACACUAGCUGCGAGCAUGGCCGCACAGCUCUGUCCUACGCCGCCGAGCAUGGCCAUACGAUUGUAUGCCAGCUGCUGAUCGACAAUGGCGCUGCUGUCAAUCAGUGUGAUUCCACCUCAGAGAAGCAAUCUCCGCUGGACUAUGCACUUCACGGUGCACAUCGUGACUGUGCCGACUACCUCACCAGCGUCGGCGCUUUCACGUGCGGCGGACGAUUCCACCGGGCCGUCUCGGCGCUGCAGGCCGUCUGGAAGUUCAAAACGCUCUGCCGCCAGAAGAAGAUAGCCAGGGAUCACGCGGCCCGGGUCUUACAGCGCGCUGCCACCGACCUCAUGCUGAAACGGGACAAGAGGAAGGACGACAAGCUAGAGCUGCUUCGCCGCCAACGGGCCGCCCGCAUCAUUCAGGCAGCGUGGCGUGAGCAUGCGGCCGAGAAGCACCGCUACGAAGCUAGCUACAAGAAGCUGAAGCACAUGCUGCAAAUGGAAAAGCGUCAAGCCUUUCUCUCGUUGGACACCGCUUCUUCGAACCGUGACAAGCUUGCCCCAUCGCCGUCCGCACUGGCACCAUCUUCUCUUACAAGGAAGCGUCGCCUGACUCUGGCACCUCAGCGUGUACCUCGUCUGGACAGCGAAGAGCAUGCACAGCUGGUGGCCUCGCUCACUAACAUGUCAGCCACCUUGCCGGCGUCUGCCAUCGAUGAAGUGGACGGCAAGCUAGGAGCUAGAUCCAGCGCUGAGCAGUCAUCUGAGAAGCAGGAUUCGUCUUCCACCCUGGGUUCAUCUGACAGGCAAGCUCCAACAGGGAGGAAAGACAAGCCUACUCCACCUGGCGUGACACCGAAGCAGCUCACAAUCUCCAUCAAGCCUGCAAGCAGUACCGGGCACAAAGCCGAGAAGCAUGCGGCCAAGGCACUGCCACCCGUUGUGGGAAAGCGGAAAGGGCAACCUGUAGCAACCCCAUCUGGCCGGUCGCGGAGAUCUGGUCGACAGGAAACACGGCCGAACACACUGGACACGAUUCAGCAGCUGGAACAUUCCAUUAUGCACCGCGACGCCGAAAUACAGCGGCUGCGCGAGGAGAACCAACGCCUGCUGGCAAAGGAGAAAGAAGAGCGCAUUGCCAGUACCCGACUGCCCACAGUGCGGGUCUCCGAAGCGACAAAGCAGCGCCGGAUCGUCCGCCAACCGUCCGCCAGGCCACACCGGGCGGCAAUGGCAGUGCUGCAAAAAGCGAAGAGUCCCGAUUCGGCGAUCAACACUGCAAUGUAUGUCAAUGGCUUGGCAGGGACGGAGCAGGAUUAUCAACAGCGAUGUGAUGACCUGAAAGUCCUGCUGCAGUCGAUGGAGGAAUCUGGGAACCGACCGGGCAGCAGAACUUCCAACAGGCCUGUCUUGGUGGACUCGUUGUCGCCAAGGUCCCAGAAGGCAGAAGCCGAGCGAAUGCAGGGUCUGCAGCGUGCCCUGGACGAAGCAGCCCGCCUGCGCUCCGAGACCGAACGCCUGUCGCAGAAAGUGUUCAACCGCAUUGGCCAGCCACAGAGCUGAUGACUGAGCGCGAGCUAUUGGCCACCGAUCGCCAACAAGCAACUCAAGUUGAUAACCGUGACUACCAUAUAGCUGUGGCUGAGGGUGGGCACAGUACGCCUAAUCUGUGCACAUGCACCUGCACCUGCGCUCCGAGACCGAGCGCCUGUCACAGAACUUGAGGUAUUCAACCGCAUUGGCCUGAGCCGCAGAGCUGACUGAACGCUAACUACUACUUGCCGGCAACCGUUCGCCAACAAGCAACUCAUUAUAGUAGUAGCACUCAGCUACCCGGCAAUGUGGCGUGGUGGUGGUGGUACCCCCGGCUGGUGGACACAGUACUUCUGUGUGCUAAGCGGUCCCACGUGCCCGGCCUGAGCGCUCUGCUAAGUCUGAGCGGCACAGUGCUCGUCGCUGCAGUACUCUGCGUACAAGAGCCUGAGGCGAGUAUCAAGCUCAUUCGUUGUCUCUCGCAUCAGUGCUUGCUGAUCAUGGUCGUAGGCAACACAGCCAGCAUUGCUCCCCGAGUUGUAGCGCUCUGGGGUUUCUCCGUCCGAGCGUCUCGGAGAGUCUUGAAGCCACUUGAUAUUCGCAACGGCAGGUUCAAGCGGCUGUUUGAUUUGUACAUAUAAUGCAUCCGAAGUUGAGCUGUUGAACUGAGCCCAUGUUGUUUCCACCGCUGUCAUUAAAAUAAUGUCUGGUGCACUGUACACUGUGUAUGCGUGUAUUUUUUGAGAUACUAUGAUUCGGCACAUA